AUCGCAGAAUACUGUGAAGAAGCCACAAAACAAAACGCUGAAAUCAUGGCUAGUCGUCCGAAAGCAGCAGCGGUCGACAAGGCAGGCGGAGAUAGCUUGUGCAGCGAUGGCGUGGUGUCGGCACCACUAUCAGAUGAACCUGGAGACAUUGACGCGUGGUCUUUAAUGGAGCCAACAGAUGUUAUUGCCAAAAUGAGGAAAGAUUUUUAUGAAUUGGCAGCUUCCAAAAAAUGGCAGGAACGAAAAGAGGCAAUGGAAAGUUUGUUGUCUAUUAUGGAAAGUGCGCCUCGUGUAGCCUUGUCCCCCGAUUUACAGCAAGUUAUCGUGACAUUGACUAAGAUUCUCGAGAAGGACGUUAACAUAAACAUUCUCGAGAAGGAUGUUAACAUAAACGUAAGCUCUAUCUGUGUUAAAGUACUGACGAAGCUUGCCGAGAGUAUGAGAACUGAUUUUGCUGCAAUGGUGCCGAAGGCUUUGCUAGAAAGCUACUCAGAAGCUAUAUGUGGAGGACUGACUAAGCCAAAUCCUCAAUCUAGAGCGCAGACGGCUCAGUUCACAUCCCGGCUAUUCUCGCGGCAUAGUUCUUCCACAAUACCUGUAGAAGCUGUCAAGCAGAUUGUUCCCGAGCUAAUAAAGUGUUGCUCCGAUGCUGACGCAGAGGUUCGUGAGUCCACCUUCCGAGCAAUGGGAGCCAUAACACGAUGUGUAGGCGAAACAGCUGCGCGGCGCCUGUUUGGGGAAGUUGCGGAGGACAAAAUCAAGAUGGGCAAAGUAAGGAUGGGCUCUAGAAUUUUUUCAAAUAAAGUGUAA